UUUAAUUAAUGAACCAAGAAAUAUUGAACAUUUUAGAUGUGCUUGCAGAAAAUAUUUAAAUGUUUAUUUAAAUUAAAAUUUAUAUUACAGCAGUAACAUUAAUAUAAUCACUUGGCAACAGUGCCUAAAUUCGCGGGCCGAAGUCAGUCAAAAGUCAAAAGUAAACUGCAAAAUGUAAACAUUUAAUGUUUUUUUUUUAAUUUUUUGUUUAUUAUAUAUUCAUUGCUAAAAUUAUUGUGAAAAAUAGUUUUAGUCAAUAUGAACUGCAUAAUUCCUGGACUAAAUGUUAAAGUGCUUGCGAGGGCUUUACAAGCCCUAGCGAAAAUAGGGGAUGAACUGUUUAUAGAAGCAAAAUCUGAAAAAUUUACUCUUUUAACUUUCAAUCAAUCAAAAACAGUGUGUGGGCAGUUCCACUUCUUGGAGAGCUUCUUCUCGGUAUAUAGUGUAAAAGAGAAAGAGUUUAAUGAAAAUUCUGCUAUUGGCUGUAAAAUUCAUAUGAAGACUUUGCUACCCUUAUUUAAAGGAACAAAUUUGGAAAAAAAGCUUGAUUUUAUAAAAAUUGAGUACGCCUCUCUAAGUGACUCAAUCCAUUUCAAAGUAAAAUAUAAGGCAGACGAUAUCACAAUGAUUCACAUCUUGAGACUGUUGGAUCCAGAAAUCUCAACCAUAGAUGAUUACUCGGGAAUACAAACUAACAGUAUUAGUGCCCCCAGCAACUUCUAUAAUAACCUCUUAAGCUUAUUUAGUAAUUCAGAUGAUGAUAUUUCUUUUGACGUCACCAAAAAUAAAUUAGUGGCUAGAAACUAUUGUGCAGGUUCCCCACAUAAACCAAAAUCUGUUAGGAGUCAAGUAAACUUGAGAAGUUCAGAGUUUUCUUUAUUUCGAAUAAGUGAGGAAACCACCAUAAACUUUCCACUGAAGCCAUUUAGGACAGCCAUAAGUUUUGCUGAUGCUUUCAACAUAAAUAUUGGGAUUGAUUUUGAUAAAGGAGGCCGCCCACUUUCAAUUUCUAUGAAAAACCCUACAUUUGAGGUGAUUUUCAUAGUUGCCACAGUAAAUCCAUACAUGGAGGGACAGUCAACAAUUGCUACUACAUCUCUUGGAGCUAAAGUAUCACAGGUUCAAAUGAAUGGGAUACAAAAUAAUAUAACUCAUGAAGAUUUAGUAGCUUUAACAAAUGAAAACUGGGAGGAUUUUGAAGCUGAAAUGGAUCAUGAAAUGAGAAAAAAUCCAGAUAGGGAUAAAAACCAUUCAAAUAUAAUGCCAACAAAAGAUAAUAGUUUAAGCUGGCUUGAAGAUAAAAAAUGUGCUAGUAAGGGUCCCAAGAAAUUCGUUUUGGAAGAAGAGGAUGAAAAUAACUUUGUUGAUUCUAAUAUGGAUGUGGUACAAAGAAGUCCGGAAAGUCCAAAAACAAAAAAGGCCAGACUUAUAUUUAAAAGAUCUUAUGAUGUCACUUUCCAUCCAAUAAAUAAAAGGAUCUUUGCCAAGGAUAGUGACUCUGAGUAAAUUUUUGGACUGUGAUAUUCAAAUCUGUAAAAAAUUGCAACAAGAAUAGGAUAAGUCCAAAGUGUUAGUUGUUACUCAUUAAGUUAUGUAUGUUAAGGUUGGCUUUAUUGUUUGUAUAUUGAGUGACUAAAUAAAUGAAUGUUUUUUUUUAA